UUGGACACUCUGUCUGGAUGGGAAUCCUACCUGACUCUGCCUAGCCGUAUUUGCUGUUUCAACAGGAGGCAGUAAAAGAAGCAAGUAUGAAUAUGGAUUUCGUUUGUGGAUCCUUCACUUUAGAGAUCCCCUGAUCUUCUCUGGUUCAAAGAUCCCCCUGGUGUUCUCCAAGGUCUUGGCCGGGUCGUCACCUUUCCUCACCCCUAUCCCCCGUUUACUUUCCCGUCAGCUGUCCUGGGAGCCUUUGAGGAACCACUGCUAGAUGUUGUUUCCUAACAUUUAAGCUUAAUUGUGUUCCACAACAUUAUCGGGCUACUUUUUUUUUUUUCUUCUUAUCAAAUUUUCUGUUGUCUUGGGAACCCGCCUCUGUUUACUUUUGAACUCGUCUUUGGAUAUAAACAAAUGCCAGCCGGUGGUCCGGACGUUUAGUUACGGUAUUAAAGAACGUCCUCUGCCAUCCCCUCCUGUUUUUUUUCCCAUUUGUUUGUUUAGUUAAAAUUUCAGCUUCAUCAUCCAGAAGUUGUUUGUUUUCUGGUUUUCUCUGCUCGCUGCACUUAGACUGGCAUGCUUUUGAGGCCCACCGUACCAGGGCUGUGCGCGAUGCUGCAGACCAUUUACGAGACGGAAUCCUGCUUCUCUUCGGACGCGGUGUCUGGCAGGGAGCAGCCACUGGGGCUGCUGUCUGCAACCCGGAUACACACCGUCCCCAGCAGCGUGGAGGUGAAAGCGUCCCUCUCGGUGGGGAUGCAGAGCCCGGGCGGCGGAGAGCAGGGGGGAGGCGGCGGCGGCCCGGUCGACCUGAGGACGGACCCCCGGCUGGGCCUGGCCGCCAUGGACCCCAUCAUGAGGGAGCAGCAGCUGCAGCAGGAGCUGCUGCUCCUCAAGCAGCAGCAGGAGCUGCAGAAGCAGCUGCUCUUCGCCGAGUUCCAGAAGCAGCACGAGGUCCUCACCCGCCAGCAUGAGGUGCAGCUGCAGGAGCACCUCAAGCAGCAGCAGGAGAUCCUGGCGGCCAAGCGGCAGCAGGAGCUGGAGCAGAAGAGGAAGCUGGAGCAGCAGAGACACGAGGAGCUGGAGAAGCAGCGGCUGGAGCAGCAGCUCAUUAUGCUGAGGAACAAGGAGAAAGGCAAAGAGAGUGCAAUCGCAAGCACAGAGGUCAAGCUAAAACUCCAGGAGUUCCUCCUCAGUAAAAAAGACCCUACACCUGGCGGACUGAACCAUUCCUUCCCCCCAAAAUGCUGGGGGGCUCACCACACCUCUCUGGACCAGAGCUCCCCACCACAGAGCAACACCCCUGGGACACCCCCCUCCUACAAACUGCCCCCUCUGCUGGGCUCCUACGACGGCAAGGAUGACUUCCCCCUGCGGAAGACAGCAUCUGAGCCCAACCUGAAGGUGCGCUCUCGGUUAAAGCAGAAGGUGGCGGAGAGGCGGAGCAGCCCGCUGCUAAGGCGGAAGGAUGGCACAGUGAUCAGCACCUUCAAGAAGAGGGCCAUCGAAAUCACAGUGUCCUCCAUGUGUAGCAGCGCUCCUGGCUCUGGGCCCAGCUCCCCCAACAGCUCCAACAGUGCCAUUGCUGAGAAUGGGUCCAGCGGGUCAGUGCCUAACAUCCACGCCAAGCACCUAAGGACCCAGCACCAGGCAAUGAGUGCGGACGGAACGGCCAGCCAGCUCAGUCUGUACACCUCCCCCUCCCUCCCAAACAUCUCCUUGGGCCUGCCCGCCACUGUGACCGCUGCCAACUCGCACAUAGCUGCCCCGCAGAAGCUGUCUGCCCAGCAGGAGGCGGAGCGGCAGGCCAUCCAGACGCUGCGGCAGGGCGGCGCCCUCACGGGGAAGUUUGUCAGUACCUCAUCGCUGCCCGCCUGCCUGCCCCCUGGGGUGCCCCACGACGCCGAGCCCCCCGCCUCCAACAGCCACAGCCACUCCUCCCUGCUGCAGCACGUCCUGCUGCUGGAGCAGGCCCGCCAGCAGAGUGCGCUGCUCGCAGUGCCGAUCUACGGGCAGUCGCCGCUGGUGACGGGCGAGCGGGUGUCCACCAGCAUGCGCACGGUCAAUAAGCUGCCCCGCCACCGGCCGCUGAGCCGCACGCAGUCGGCGCCCCUGCCCCAGAGCCCCCAGGCCCUGCAGCAGCUGGUCAUGCAGCAGCAGCACCAGCACUUCCUGGAGAAGCAGAAGCAGUACCAGCAGCAGAUCCAGCUCAAUAAGAUGCUCUCCAAGGGCACCGAGCUGCCCCGCCAGCCCCCCAGUCACCCCGAGGAGACGGAGGAGGAGCUGACAGAAACGGCUGAGAUGCAGGAAGACAGGGGGGAGGGGCCCGAGCCAGCGGGGGACGGACCUCUGCAGCACGAGCCGCAGCACGAGUCAUCGGGGGAUACCACGCCCCCCUCGGAGCAGCCAAUCAUGCUGAAGGACGAGAACACGGAGAGCGAGGUAGAGGAGGAGGACGACGACGACGAGGCCAUCGAGCUGAGGGAGUGUGACGAGCAGGGCCUCUCUUACACUCAGUUUUCGGACCAGCAGCACUUGCAGCAGCUCAACCUGUUCCAGGCAUCCCUGUCAAUCACUGGCAUGCCCCACAGACCUCUGGGAAGGGCCCAGUCCUCCCCAGCUACUGCCAGCCUCAAGGGUGCCCCCACCUGCGAAACUCCAAUUAAGCACCUCUUUACGACAGGUGUGGUGUAUGAUACCUUCAUGCUGAAGCACCAGUGCAUGUGCGGAAACACCCACAUACACCCAGAGCACGCCGGGCGGAUCCAGAGCGUGUGGUCCCGUCUGCAGGAGACUGGACUGCUCAACCGCUGUGAGAGGAUUCGGGGAAGAAAGGCCACACUGGAUGAGAUCCAGACGGUCCAUUCAGAGCAUCACACCUUGCUCUACGGCACCAGUCCCCUGAACAGGCAGAAACUGGACAGCAAGAAGCUUUUAGGUCCCAUCAGCCAGAAGAUGUACGCAGUCCUGCCCUGUGGGGGCAUUGGGGUGGACAGUGACACAGUGUGGAACGAGAUGCACUCCUCCAGUGCUGUGCGGAUGGCCGUGGGUUGUGUCAUCGAGUUGGCAUUCAAAGUGGCUGCCGGGGAGCUCAAGAAUGGUUUUGCGGUGGUGCGUCCUCCCGGACAUCACGCAGAAGAGUCCACUGCCAUGGGCUUCUGCUUCUUCAACUCAGUGGCCAUCACUGCCAAGCUCCUGCAGCAGAAGCUAAGCGUGGGGAAGAUCCUGAUCGUGGACUGGGAUAUCCACCAUGGCAAUGGCACCCAGCAGGCCUUCUACAGUGACCCCAAUGUGCUCUACAUUUCUCUGCAUCGCUACGAUGAUGGCAACUUCUUCCCUGGCAGUGGAGCCCCUGAGGAGGUUGGGGCUGGACCUGGAGUGGGAUACAAUGUGAACAUCGCAUGGACAGGAGGUGUGGAGCCACCCAUGGGGGACGUGGAGUACCUAACUGCCUUCAGGACAGUGGUCAUGCCCAUUGCCAAUGAGUUCUCGCCGGACGUGGUGCUGGUUUCGGCUGGCUUUGACGCCGUGGAGGGCCACCAGUCUCCUCUGGGCGGAUACCACGUCACAGCCAAGUGCUUUGGUCACCUCACCAAGCAGCUGAUGACACUGGCUGGCGGGCGCGUGGUCUUGGCGUUGGAGGGGGGCCACGACCUCAUGGCCAUCUGUGAUGCCUCGGAGUCCUGCGUCUCCGCUUUGCUGGGAGAGGAGCUGGACCCCCUGCCCCAGGCUGUCCUGCAGCAGAAGCCCUGCCCGAAAGCAGCGGCCUCCCUGGAGAAGGUCAUAGAGAUACAGAGUAAGCACUGGGGCUCUGUGCAGCGCUUUGCCCCCACGGUGGGCCAGUCUCUGCUGGAGGCACAGCGCAGGGAGAAGGAUGAGGCGGACACAGUGACUGCCAUGGCCUCCCUCACUGUGGACACUGACCCGGGAAUCAGCCAGGUGCCCAGCAGGCCAGCAGAGGAGCCCAUGGAGGAAGAGCCCACGUUGUAGAGUUCGCUGCUGCAGGUUGCAAUUGCUUGUUUCCACAUCCUUGGAGAACCUCCUCCCACCCCACUCCCCAUGUACCCCACCUCCGACGAGCCCCACCACCCCCACAGUCUCCCCUUGUGAGCCCCUGCCAGAUGUUCUGUGCCCAGUGAGCAUACACGAUCCCGCCAACCUCAACCCUCCCCGCCUGCUUUUGCUGCUGGGCUGCCCGGAAGUGGAGGAAGCAGACAGACAGACUGACAAAGCAGGUGGACGCACAGGAGGAUGAGUGGACAGGCGUGCGCACAGGAGAAAGUGGGAAACCGAAUGGGGAGGAAGGGGUGGCUGGGGGGUUUAGGGGCAGUUUGGUUACCCAUGGUGACAGUCGCAUUGGCGGUGUGAUUUUUAAAGGAAGUCUUUCCUCAGAUGUAGUUUUUUUUUUCAUACAUUUGAAAGGAAAGCCAACAGACAGCUUCAAAACACUCAAAAACACGUACUUUACUGACGGAAAAGCAAAAACGUUUUCAGAAAUAUGAAAUACUGAAUGGAUUGCUUUCUCGUGAGUCUAAUUUCUCUUCGGUUCUGUUAUUGUGUGUUGAUACACUUGUUUUAUGUUCUAUUCAAUAAGGUGGCUGGAAGCACAACUUCAUGUAUACAAUAUGUGUAUCGGUGCACAUAUACACACACACACAGACACACACCAGUAUGUGUUUCUGUGAAAUUGUAUACAUACUUUUUCAUAUAUCUAUAAUACUGUUUGUUUGUGUUGUCCUUUUGAUGUCUUCAGUAGUUCAGUGUGUAACGGGCGGUGUAGAACUAGGAGGGUGCUUUUGUUUUUUCAGUAAGGGCUGCAGUACCAACGACUUUCUUUGCAGCAGCCAAACUUUUUCUUGGACUGAGCCCGAUUUCUGGGAUGUGCUUUUUUGGACCCCCGCCCACCCUCACAAUUUGGAUGUCCAAAAGGGUGAGGAGGCGUAGAACACUCUUGCGUCCCCUCUUCACCAACGAGUUCCCACAUCCACUCGCACUUGAGGUGGGCAAAAGCAGCCCGUGACCCCUUGUGGAGCUCGAGGAAAGCUACCAAACACUAAGAGGAGAAGAAUGGAAGUGGUCGGUUUUAUUCUUUCUUGAUGAAGGAAGGCAAGUUUGAAAGGGCAGUUCCAACUUACUUGAGACAAGCAUUGGAAAGCUUCAAGAGGAACUUGGUGCCUUUUCAAAAAUAUAAUUAAAAAGGAAAAAAAAAUCCACACAAUCAUUACUCUCAUUUUUAUGAAAAAAUGCCUUAAUUUCCUUAAAAAAGUGCACCAAUUCUGUAGAUAUUGUAACUUAGAUCAUUGCUCAGUUUUUUGUUUGUUUCUCUCACUCUCUCUCUCUCUCUCUCUCUCUCCUCCCUUCCUGUCGUUUACGGUUGCCGGUAGAGGAGUGCCGGGGGUGUCUGAGGCACAAGGUUAGAGGUAAUUUUGGCCACUUUCUGGUCCCUGCCCUCAGCCUUGUCCACCUCAUUUUUAUUUAUUUGUGCUGUGCUCUGAACAGCAGGCUGUGUGAUUGUUAGGAAAUCUGUGAAAGAACGACCAACUCUUUUCAUGUCCGGUGUCACUCUGUAAAUAGUGUAUUCACAUUUCUUUUUUGUUACCUGAAACCAUUUUGUUUUUUUUCCAUUGUUUUUGGAGGAAGAAUGACAUAUUGUCACUUUUCACAGUAAUAAUGUUAAAGAUUAUCAAUCCAACCAUAUAUACGUUUAAUAUAAAAGUGUUAUUUAAGAACAAAAAGUGCAUAAAUUGUCUUUUAUUUUUAAAUCAAAGGCUCUUAGCUUGUGUAGACCAGGAAGAAGCUUUUCUGAGGUUAUGUCAAAUUUUGCUCAUUACAAAUGGGAAAAGCAAGAUUUACAACUGAACAGAUUCUAAUAAAAAGCAAUGGAGAACACCACAGCUUGACGCCAGAGGGCUGCACACUACAUCAUCCCCAAAAAACUGUAGGCCUCAUCUGAGUGAUCAGGCUACCUGGUGGAACUCAAAUUUGAACAUUUUUUUUUCUUUUUCCCCCUUUUUUUUUAAACUUAAUUUGUCACUUGACAACGAUUUAACACACUAACUUGUUGAUAUCAUGAAAUGAAAGAAUAUGACACCAUUCAGUGGAAAUAACUGACAGGAGGUCUUGCUUGUGCCCCCCAGCAGCUUUGACCGUUCAUCCCUGGCUCCUUGCUUUUAUCUAUAAUUUUAAGAAGUUUAAUAACCGUGUCCCAGCUUUUGGUUUGUGUUUUAGGUAGCAAAAUGGCCAUUCAAAUACGGCAUUCAGACAUUGCUGGACUAUGGGAUGCAACAGUCUCUGCGUCCACAUUGCUCUUUCCAGCCUCACCCAGAUCCAUACUGUACUACAGUGAAUUUUUUGCAGUUGUAAUCUCAUUUUGAUGUAGGCAAAUCUGGUCAGUUUUUGCUGAGCAUAAAAAGUGAAAGUGGUGCCAAAAUAUUCUCAUUUCUAAAGCCUCUUUAAUACUUUAACUGAAAUGAAGUGAAGGUGAAACUUUACAAUAUACAGUAUGCUGUACUUUGACAGCAUUAGUGUCUCCUAUAGUUGUAACUGAUGGAUAUCCAGGGAAAGGCUGGAACUGUAGCAAGAGGCUUUGGAGUAAAAAAAAAAAAAAACUACAUGUUUUCCACGGUUCAGUAAGACAAGAUUAAAAGACCUUCACAUAGAUUUGUUGUAGCAUUUGUAUUAAUACCUGUAAUACAGACAGGUUCCUUUGAAGUAUGGUAAUAAUCAUUAGAGCUGCCCUUUCAUUAUGUUGCUACAGCAUUGACCAUUCAGAUCUGUGUAGUUUUCUUUAAUCACCACUGUUAUUUUGAGUUUGGCAGUUCUUCAUUUUAUAGUGUUUAAAGUAGGACUGGCAUUUUGAUAGACAAUGCUUUGAAAUGUUCUCCAAUGUACACUGCUGCCGGGUGGUUUGACACUAAAGGCUUGAUCCAUCAGUCAUUGAAGCAAGCAGCUUUUUGUAAAAACCCUGAGCAACCACAAAGACAUUCACAGACCUGAAUAAAUGUAACUAUUUUUUUUCUUGAAUGGAACCUGUCUGAGCACAUGAGAAAAUGUCUAUGAAAAUAGCCACUCAGAAAAGGGCCUUGUUCUUACUACAGUUUAUUCUGGAAGAGAUACACUCAUAUAACAUCCAUGAUGCACCAUACAAAUAGCUUUAAUAUUGU